AUGGAUGGUGGUAUUGAUUAUUACAUUUCAGAAUAUUAUGGUGGUGUUCAUAACCUUAUACCAGUUGUACAAAAAAGAAUUGAAAGAAAUUGGUGUGGUGAACAAAAUGUUGGUAGUUGUUUGUUGGUUGAUGUCAGAGAUUUGGUUGAUGGAUUAAAAAAAAAGGAAAAUGUACAAAAAAAUUAUCCUAGUUAUAUUGCACAUUGUCCAACAAUGAGAAUACCAAAAAAAAUAAAAUCCGAUGAUAUUGUUUAUAGAUGCACAUGGGCAAUGCUAACAUCCAUUAGAAAACAUAAUUUGAAAAUAUUAGAAUCAAAUAAUGGCGGUGGUAGUAAGAAACAUGAAUGUAUAAAGAAUGUUCUUUCUGCAGGUUUUGGUACAGGAACUGGCAGAUUCCCUGCAAAACUUUGUGCAAAACAAAUGCUUUUAGCGGUACAAAAUUUCAUUGAAUGUCCUGCUAAUAAUAACGCUUUUGGCGACGAUGGUAAUGACGGACCAACAACAACAAAAAAUUACAAAUAUGAGGAAAGUGAUUUGUUGGUGCAAUGGUCUUAUGCAAGAAAAGUUGAAGAUUCUGUACAAUCCUUACUUCAGAAGGAAUGA